AUGAUUUAUUUUAGUGGUGAUCGUACGUCAUCUAUUGAAGGAACUGCCACACUCGCUUCUAAAAAUGGUGAUGCGAUUUUGGACGUAGAAUUCGAUAUUAUAGGUGUUCCUGUACAUGCUCCUUAUAAUGUUAUUAGUACCGAUUAUACCAGUUAUGCAGUUGUAUAUUCUUGCUCAGAAAUAUUGGGAAUUACCUACUCAAGUACUUCUUGGAUUUUAACGAGAGAACAAAAUCCACCUGAAAGCUUAAUCAAAAAAGGCUACUCCAUACUUGAAGGACAAAAAAUUAAAACGGAUUCGUUAAAGAAAACUAAUCAAGAAAAUUGUAAUUAAAACGAUUUUUUUGGAACAUCCAAAGGAAAUUAAUAAAUAAUAGAAACUAAUUAAAAACGAUUUUAUUUUGAUUUAACUAAGUUUAUAAUGAACAUCUAAAUGAGUUUUAAAAUUAAAUAGAAGCAGAUGGGCUUCAGAAUAAUAUUCUUACUAAAUAGUAUAUGUUUAACUGCAUUCUGGAUGUAUGAGGUAGGGUGAUUUUGAACUUAAUACUUUUUAUAACUUUGUAAAAAGUUAUUAAUAUAUAUAGCUCCUUAAAAUAAUUUCUUUAAA